CCCUUAUUAUUAUUGGCUGCAACAAAGCGAAUAGAUCGUUAUAUAAUAAGAGUCAAGCAGCGGUAAAGAGCAGCGAUGGCGAAACGAUGCGAGUUCUGGCUGCCAAGCAAACGUCGUCACUGCGCCAAUGCUCCCCUUCCCAACUCUUCGUACUGUGGAAAUCAUGAUCCCUCCUUCAUCGAUCUUCGCGUUCCCUGCCCUAUCGAUCCCUCUCAUUCAGUGACGAAAGAGAGCUUGAAAUCGCAUCUGAAAAGAUGCCCCUUUGCCAAGCAAGCGAGAGAUCUCGAGUCCCAGCCCUACUUCUCCGAAGACAUCAACACCAGCUCCGCUGAUUCCGAAGAUGAAAUAGUUAGCUCUGAUGCCAAGAGGAAGGCCAUUCAUGAGCUAACACCUUUGGAUUUCCACCAUCUUAUCACAAAGAUCAAAUCUCUCCACUCUACUAUCUGUUCCGAGAUGCAGGUUUCCUUGCUCAUCCCUGAAAGAUGUAGCAAAUGGAUGAAUGGAAUGCAGGAAAGGCAGGUGCCGUUCCAAGAGAAGCAUGCAGUGCAGCAGGCGUCGAUCAUUGGGAAUAUGGAGGAGUUUGGGAUGAUUUCGAAACCUCUAGGAGACUGCAGUGGUUUGCAUGGAGAAAAGGGUGAGGGUGCAGCCAUAGUAGAGUUUGGAGCUGGAAGAGGAUACCUUGCUCAUAUGCUUGCUGAUUGCUAUGGCUUCAACAAGGUCUUUCUUAUUGAGCGGCGAUCUUACAAGCUCAAGGCUGAUCGAAGUUUACGGCAAAAAGAAAGUCUAGUUUUUGAGCGUUUAAGAAUUGACAUAAAAGACUUGAAUCUGCGUGCAAUUGACUCCCUGAAAGAACUUCCCUACCUCGCUAUUGGUAAACAUCUUUGUGGACCUGCAACAGAUUUGACCAUAAGGUGUUGCCUUCCUGAUCAAAGCAUUCCUAACAAGGGACUUACGUUCACUGGUUCUUAUAUACAAGGCCUUGCUCUUGCAACAUGUUGCCACCAUCUUUGCCAAUGGAAGCAUUACAUAAAUAAGGAUUUAUUUUCAAAACUGGGCAUCACAAAGGCCGUAUUCCACGCAAUUACAUGGUUUAGUAGCUGGGCUGUUGAUGCAGAUCACAGUUCAGAACUUACUGACAUGAACGAUCAAGGAAUCCAUCUAACCACCAGAGAGACUGAGGAAACUGGCAAAGAAAUCAGAGGAGUUGAUGAAAUUAUUAGAAAAAUGCCCCAGUUGGAGAGGGCUGUUCUAGGCUUCAUGUGCAAAGAGAUUAUUGAUAUGGGUAGGUUGUUCUGGUUAAGAGAAAGAGGAUUAUUAGAUGCACAGCUCAGGAAGUAUGUUCCAUCAAACAUUUCACCCGAAAAUCAUCUCCUCGUUGCAAAACAGCCUGCUUGAUUUUUCAACCAAUUCACUAAUUUAAAGCGGAGUCCCAACAUAUGGCAUUGCAAGAUGUUAGACCAGAUUUUUCUUAUUUUGAUGUAAGGUGGACAUGAUACUGAAGCCUAUCGCUACUUCGAAUCCCCUGACGGUCCUUGUAGCACUCUGCUCUAAUCAUAUAGAGUUAGCUUCACUGCUACACUAGUAGUUCCAUGGCAUGCUUUUGAUUGCAAAAUCCAACAUCCAGAACAACUCAACAAAGAUUGAAGUACAACCAUCCGGCAUUUCAUAAUGUCAUUUUGGCAUCAUACUCGAUAGAAAGUGUUGCACAUUUUAAAUCUUGAUUAAUACAGAAAAUUGGUCAAAAUUUAUGUGGAAAGAUGUAGAAAUACCCAAACAGAAAAGGAAAAUCAACCACCGCUGAGAAUAUCUGAUGCAUAAGCAGGCAAUGAAGAAGCAUGAUAAUAUCAAUGAACCAAGAUAUUUCGGUUAUAAUUAUAACUCUGGAUGUUAUUUACAUAUAAUGGUAAUCAGAUCCUUGUAUCACUAAAUUUGCAAAAGCCUCACAAGUCAUGCAGCACUAAUGUCAGUGAUAGAAAUUAAAAAAAAAAAUUGGGAUAAAAUUUGUUAAAUAAUUUUUUUAAAAAAAAAAA